AUUGUAGGGUAUUUAAUACGUAGGAAAUAUGAUUGUGAAACAUCGAGAAGGAGGUCUAUGAGCAACAGAAUUAUUCAUGAGAUGGCUAAUCUCCGAAAUCAGAUUCCACCUCCUUCCUGGACGUUUAGUCCUUGCUCAUCCUCAUCCUCACCCUUGUCAGAGUGGACAUUUCAAGCGGAGCAGUAUUUCGGACUGACACAGACCACCCUCGUGCAAAAAUGGCCCUGCUGCCCUUCUUUAUGCAGGGGAGUGCACUAG